UUAAUUUUUUUGUUAGAUUUGCCGACACCUCGACCGGACGUUAAGCAUCUCUCACAUGCCCUUGCAAUUCUUUUUGGCGGCCUUAAGGCUAAUCCGGAGCUGGUGGGAAAUUGGUCACAAUCCAUUAUUAGUAGACUGCCUGUGUUUGAGAGAGAAGGAUUUUUGGGAACGGCGGGUGGAGAGCCCAUAUUUGAAAAAGAAGUCGCUCAUCUGAUUUCACAUCUUUCAACAGGCUUUCUUAUUGCAAGGCCUCCAAGUGAACAAAUUCUCAAUCAUCCCUUUUUCUGGAGUUCCUUGAAGAGGUUGCAAUUUUUAGUAGAUUCUUUUGAAUACAUCAAUAGAAUUUCGGAUGCAGUAGUGAGAACUUCCUUUGUCGGAGAUUUCAAUGCUAUCAAAGUUAAAGCUCGAGACAUAAAAGAUGUUGUUCCUGCUGACUUUAAGGCAGACUUGGAGUCUGGAAUUGAAGCAUCAGAUAAAAAAGAUUUGUUUAUUCAUCCCUUCGUCCUUUUGAGAGCAAUUAGGAAUUCCCGUGUCCACGCCUUCAAGGUAAAAGGUUCGAAUGCGAUGCUCACUAAGCUGGACAACGACCUUAUAAGAGGUUUGGAUUUGAUGAUCACAGCAUUUUGGCCUAGUUUUUUUAUCGACGCUUAUAAACUGAUGUGUUCUAAAAACACUCAGCUUCCAGCGUCUUUCCGUAAGUAUACGGAAAAAGGAUAUGUGAUGGAGUAG